CAUCCCCCCAAAAUUAUUCUCUCCUCUUUCUCGUCGACAAUAUACCGCAAAUAUGGCCUGGUCACAAGUGUCAGCCCACCGCUGGGAGCGUCCCGGAGAUGGCCUUGAGAACUAUUUUGCCUUGAUCGCAUCUCUUUCUGCCGCUGCCUGCAAUGGCAGGCGUCAUUACACCAUUUUCACCAAACUCCAACUUGAGUUGGACAUUCCGGUGACUGAGGUGGAGGCAUCCUUGAAGAAGGCCUGGACGCAGCUGCGGUACGAACAGCCCCAGAUAGCCACAGUCCACAACGGCACAACCAAAGUCUAUGAGGUGCCCGACGAGACAGCCUUGCAGGCUUGGGUUACAUCGACCGUGAUCACGUCUGCAGCGGCCAACGCAGAGGACUUGUACGCCACUAUCACGCCUAUUGCGCAGGCUACUCUGUACUACCUGCCUGCCUCCUCCCAAUUGGUCCUACGUACCCCACAUGAAACGAUCGAUGGCAUUGGAGUCAUUCGGUUGUUGGACCGUCUGCUAAGCAUCCUAGUGUCUCCACCCACGGAGAAUAUCACGUUUGGCGAUGAACCCUCCCGAUUAGCGCCUACCCUUCGUGAAAUCCUCGGGGUGGCUGAGCAACCGACCCCUGAGGAGUUGGAAAGAGUAAUGGCGCUCUAUAAGCCUUACAUGGACUACGCUCCUGGAAUCGGGCCUGUCUCUAACCUCGGCAAUCGUCCGGCCGGCCAGUCACAACAUGCGAGGCUGGAUAUACCCACGCGUACUACCGAGGCCAUCAUCCAGGCCUGCAAAGCGAAAGGCAUCACUGUUACUUCCGCGGUCCACGCAGCCUACAUUCAGACGAUUAAGAAGCAUGCCGAUCCUGACCAUCCAUCGUGCCAUUAUGUCAAUACUGCGCAGUUCAAUCUCCGCCCCUACCUGCCCAAACAUGGGGCGCAGUACACUGCCUCGCUUGGUUACACCUUGUUUCCGGUGCACCUGGAGUCUCCAAACUCAUUCGACCAAACGGCGCAAGCUCUUAACCGCUUUUACCGGACGACGUUCGCCAAUGAUCCCAGUAAGCUGCCUUUGGUGCCGCAUAUGACGGACAUUCUGUUUGCUGUCACCCAAAGUCCGGAGUAUCAGAAGGGUCCAGUCCCUAGAGACGCAAUUCCUAGCAGCCUGGGAAUAAUUGAGAAAUACAUGCAGCGGUCCUACGGAACCAACAGAUUGAUCAUUCGGGAUUUCAUGCUCGGAGUCGACGUUGUAAUGGGCAUGAAUAUGUUGCUUAUGUCCACCUUCCGGGACCAAUUGCAGCUCGUGUACAGCUUCAAUGACGCGUACCACGAACCCGAGCAUAUCAUGCAGUAUCUGCAGGGAAUUGUGGAAGUCCUUACGGAGGAACUAUUGGCAAACUGA